AUGCUAGUAUGGUACGAUGAAAAAUACCCACAAUACCUUGGAAUUCCAUGGACAAUAUUUGACCUAGCAGCUGCAGUUCCUCCUGGUAGGUGGUCCUAAGGUUACCAUUCUUCGUUCUUUUUUGUGUUAUCUAAUCUGAAGAAAGAUAGCAUUCAGUUUACAUUUUUUUCAAAAUGUGAGUUUUAUCCCCGCUGCAUGAAUAGUAGCCUCAGGCGGCCUCCGUUACCCUUUCUAGGACAGUUUAAGAGGACGAUGAAUCGGAUACCCUGUUGGGUACCAGACGUUUUGUUUCUCGCGUGCGGCAGGAUGCUUCUGAAGCGGCGGCACAACGAAGUUACGAGCGGCGAAGCCCUGGAAACCGCGCAUGAAAAGUCUCUUGCACCGAGAAUAUAAAUCGCACGAUAUUCCCCCCAAAAAUCGUCCCUUAAAAAAGGCCUGUUACUAGGGUUACGUGUUUGCAGCGUGGUGUUCAUUUGAAUUUCUGAAACGCAAACGCAACGAAGGCGCUCGAAUCAGACCCCGCCCCCUCCCACAUAAUUAUAUAUGGCGGUACCUAGCCGGCGAAGCAAGCGUUUGCGGGGGAGUUGGUGGAGGAAGCUGGAACGAUAGCGGAAUAAGUCGUGCGGAAACACUUGCUACGCAGGCCCGUCGGCGCCAAGCGAAAGCAAGGAGUCGUAUAUUGAUUCUGGGGCAGAUAAUAAGUAGGAGGGAAAAUUUUUGUGCCUAUCACUAGGAGAUUUCUAAAAAACCAAACGCAAAAUCACUUUUCAUAUCACACAUCAAAUCAUUAAAAGGAAAAAAACCUAUGCUUCAUAUCUCUCGGUUUAAUCUAAGUUAGUAAUUUUACGAAAAAAGAGUGUCAAACCGACUAUAGAGCCUGUGCACUCUACAAAAGAAACGGAAACAGCUCAUGUUAAAAAAACUAUCUCUUUGACAACUACUAAUUUACAAUUUGCUUAAAUUACCUCUUUAGGUACCAGUUCUCGAACCGAUGAAGUCAUAAUGGUGUCGCCCGUCGGCAAAAAUGAUCGACCGCUGAACAUAAGCACCCAAGAAUCGAUUUUCCCUAGUCCUCCUCCGUCACCGCUUUCGAAGCCCAGCAGUCCAUGGAAACGAGUAUCAACGUCGUUACAAGAGAAACGCUCUCGCUUACAUCCAUCACAGGACGAAAGACUGUGUUAUAGCAAGUCUGUUGCGAACCUUGGGGAAAAUCCAGUAAAGCAUAUUCAAAAACAUGGGAAUCCUCCAACAAUUACCAAGAAGUGUAAAUAUUCCUCAUGUAAAAAGAUAACAAGCGCAACAAACAGUUGUUCUCGUGGUAAGAAUGUAAAAUCACCGCAUAAAGCCUACGGUGCCCAGGUCCCACAGAGGCCGUACCGCAGCACUACCCCCGUAGUCUCGUUUAGAGCAACCAAUCAACAACGCACAUAUGCUUUCAUUCAGGGGAAUGACAGCGGUUACUGCUCAAGUUCUUUCAAUAAAACGGUAACUAUGGAUAACCACAUUCGUUCUCAGAACUCAAGAGGACAAAUAUUUGCCCAUGAAAUGUCUAAACUAAAAAACUAAGGUCUUUGACCUAUUAAACUGACUACAGAGAUUGAAAUUACGUUUUUUUAGAAUUAGAAAAUCAGCUGUAUCAACUGUAUGUAAAUUGGAGCUAAAGGCAAAAAUGUAAAAGUUACAUAAGCAACUAAAAUAAGUUUAAGCAAGCUUAGUAGCUACACAAAUCUGUGUUUUUGUUUUGAAAAAACUCAAGGCACAGUAAUUCGCUAUUUAAUUCAAAACACGUUGAAAACGUGCUAAAAACGUUGGUACUUAGCGCCUGGCACGGAGAAUGCGCGUUUCAUAAGAUAAUGUCAAGAGAUUGAGUCAGGCUUGUCACCAGGGUAUUCUUGUUUUUCAAUAUGGUGGGGAGAAGCCCCUGGCCUGGAGACGAGGAUGGAGAUCGAAUCCCUUGAAGAGCGGAUUAGUUUCACCAUUUGUAGGGACAAAUUAAAAACUUGUGAUGUAAAUUUUAUGCUGGAUUUUGAAUCUUGUGAAUAUAUGUAUCAUUGCUAACUUUUAUUUGUUACUUCGUGUUUUUCAAUAGUUGAUUUUACGUAUGUCUACUACGCCUUUACUGUUCCGUUGACUAUGUUAGUCAACUAAAGAAAUUAUUCAACAGAAAAUACUGAAAAUAUUCAAUAAAUACGUCUACGAACACACCACCUGAGUACGACCAUAUAACUAAAUUUUAGACAAACCACGUCAGGUGUACCUCUAUUGAUUCUAUUAUUUAACAAAUUGUACGAAUCUGUUAGUCAGUCGCCAGGGGGGUAGUCAACAAACUUUUAUACGGGGAGCCUCCGCCCGAGGUCCAACCUCUUACCCUUUUAUAGACCAUUUUUUGCAGAAAAGGCACCCCUUUCAUAUACCUUUCACUGACAAAUGGUACCCCUUUCACAUACGUAGUUUAGAAAUUUGCAUCCCUUUUCACUGCUUUAAAUGCACUGCCUUUUAAAUAUGAAUAAAUCACGAACCCAGAACGUUUCCUCGGCUUUUUAAAGCCAUAACAUUUCUCUGUUAGCAACUGAUUUUAGGCACUUUUACAGAACGAAAUGACAGAUUUCUCUACCCUUUCAUAUACUCCAACCAGUGAAAUCCGUACCCUUUCAUAAACCUUAAGCCUUAAAAAAGUACCCAUUUCGGCUGGAGCCUCCUCGUAUAGGUCAUUAUAGGGAGUAUUCCCCCGGGGGGUCAGUCGUCGCCACUGCAUGCAUAGUGAGCAGUGGAAAAAGGGAACGAAGCCAUCUACAUGAACGCUAUAUACAUGACUCAAGACAAUAAUGCUGAUGAAAUAUGAUAUAAAUAAAAGUAUAAACUGAAUGACUCAAAAUCGCAAAGGCAGCAAGGAUUUUUGACUGAAAAGUCUCAAGCAAUUGACCUUUCUAUAUGGCCAGAGAAAUUUUGCCCCAGUGUCCCUAAUGCAUGAUUACGUCAUACGAGCAAAUUUCACCACCACGCCUCGUCUGAGAGAAAAAUUCUUGGCAUUUGCACUUGUUGUGCUUGGUUAUUCUAUUCAACUCUAUUGCCUUGGGAAUUUCUUUAUGCAAAACUUCGCCACUUUACAAUGGGCCAUUUCCGAGUUCCCCCGGGCCUCUGUUUCAAAACGAGAGUAGGUGGUACUCGACCUUUGAUAUGGAAAUCAUUUUUCAUUCUCAUGCGAAUAGAACUUAUUUUCAUAAGAAAGGUUGUGCACCUAGCCUCAUUUUGAAACGAGGCUUGGUGGUGAAAUUUGCUCGUCUGACGUAAACAUGUACAAGGGCCAUUAUCUUAUGGAGUACUUCCCGUAAGCCACUGUAACAAAGCAAAGUAAAGCAAAGUUUGACUGCUCGCCCGAUGUAAGGGAAUCCGGCACAGUCUUAGAUUCUGGAUUCCGCGCUGGGGAUUCCGGAUUCUAGGUACUGGAUUCCGGAAUUCUUGUCAGUGGAACUUGGAUUCCGAAUUCGAAUAAAAAGUGGGAUCCAGAUUCUUUGAGGUUCCGGAUUUCAAAGCGCAGGAGUCCAGACUCCACAAGAAAAAAUUUCCGGAUUGAGAAUUCCCUUUUAUGGGGCGAGACUGCAGCGAUCAGUCCACAGGUUAUAAGCUGAUCAUUGGGUUGUAAAGAGAUCGCAAAUCAGUUUGAAACAAAGUCCAUUUAUCACUUUAUACAUCAAGAUACAUGUUACAGUUGCAAGUCUUGCGGAUACUUCGCCAUUAUAGACACCCCGAUAAUACGGAAAGCGCCGUAAAAACAACCAGCGUUUGUCGAGACUUGUGACGGAUACUCCCUAAUAAGGCUCUUGGUAUAAAGGACACUUUAUAAGUUCCAGAAAGUGUAAUUUUUUCUCUUUAUGUGAAAAAAGACACCGAUAGGACAACAUACUUUUUUUCACCAGUAAGUGACACUUAAAAACUGUUUUCUUUUUGGUGGGGUUUACGAUUUCCUUGUUACGCAUCACUCACGAUAGGCCAUUUGCACGAUGGCGCCUUACCGGAAUCCUUCAGGGUUUUCGUUUCUUGUGAAAAUUAGGACUUAUUAAAUACGUGAAAGAAAAUACUAAAUGGAUUCUAGCCUUAGUACCCGUUUACAUGGAGGUGGGGGAGCCCAGAAAGGUGAGGCAACCCGCUUAGGUGGAGUCCGCCUGUUCAUAUAAUCUCUCAUUUUAAUUUCAUUACGUUUACAUGAUAGGUGGGGUAACCAUAUGAGAGAUUAUACGGACACGCGGGUUACCCCAACUAAACGCGGGUUACGUAACCUACCUGGGGUCCCCCAUCUCAAUUUCAACAGGCCCGUAGCAGUUAAAAAGACGUCAUCGUGCAAAUGGCCUAUUGUUGGUGAAGUAAAUACAUGUUACCUCCUCACUAAAGACUCUCGCUAUUAAAGAAACUUCUAGUAACUCUUCGUACCACUCUAUAGACCUGUUGAUUCACCCAAACUAGCCUGUUUACAUGGAGGUGGGGUAACCAUAUGAGAGAUUAUACGGACACGCGGGUUACCCCAACUAAACCGGUUACGUAACCUAUCUGGGGUCCCCCAUCACCGUGUCAACAGGCCCGUAGCAGUAAAAAAUACGUCAUCGCGCAAAUGGCCUAUUAUUGGUAAAGUAAAUACAUGUUACACCCAUACUAAAGACUCUCGCUAUUAAAAAAACUUCUAGUAACUCUUCGUACCACCCUAUAGACCUAUUGAUUCAUGCAAACUAGCCUGUUUACAUGGAGGUGGCGGACCCCACCCGCCAGGUACGUGAGGUAUUCCGCCUCCCCAUGCCCCAUGUCUCAUAUGGUUACCCCUCCUAUCAUGUAAACGUGAUCAAAUUAAGAGACAUAUAGACUGUUGGACUCCACCUAAGUGGGUUAUUUCACCUACCUGCGGUUCUCCACCUCCACGUAAACAGGCCCUAAAACAUUUUAUCAAACAAAGGGAACAAUACAAAUUACUUUGCCGCAGAGUAUACCCAGUCUGACCAUGGCCAGACCAUGAUUUGCAUCAUAAAUGAACGCAACACCCGCGUUGUUAAGACGAUUGUCGAUAACCUUUGCAACGAGGAUAUAUUUUUAGCCUGCGAAUACAGCUGUCUCUCUUCGUUUCUCGUCGGUUGCGGGGGAGAGCGACGAGAGAUGGCUGUUUUUACAAGCUAGAUAUAACCAGAAUAAAAGUGUGUCGUAGAGAGUCUCUCCAUAAUUUAUCAAAGCUUAGUAAGCCUAUUAUGCUUAAAAGCAUUAGUUCUGGAGGACAUAAAUGUGUAAAUGUAAAUGUAAAUACCAUAUUAUCCACUCCCCUCAGGGCUUUUCAGGGAUAAUUUAAAACACUGGUUAGGGGACUUUUCCAGAAAUAAACAAAGGGACUGAAUAAACAUGUUUGCGGUUUGUGUCCUCCAAGGCUCGCCACAUGCUGAAUUUUAAUUCAUCGAAAGUGGGCUAUUCUAGCUAACUCUUUAGUUAAAAUUCAUUUAGAGACUCCAUGCAUAGAAUCCGCAAAUCAGUGCUCACUGGAUUACAAGAAAAAUCGCCCAAAAAACUGCGACUGGUGCACCACUGAUUUUUCGACGCCCUGAGUCUAAGGUAAUUAUGAUGUUUCCCUGUUUUACAAGGAGGAACUGAAACAGCAAACAGAGCAACUCGGCUUGGAUGAAGCAUAACUGGACGGCUCAUGAAGUCAAGUUCAUUUGACAAUUGAAACACUGACAAUAGAUUUUCAGUGAAGCAUACUGGAAUAUGCAGUGAGGGUCACUCUCCCGUGAAAUAAUCUCAGUAGAGCCACUGCCCGCACUGAUGGGGAGAGACAGCUUCUUUGCGUCCUUGUACGUUUUGUAAGAGUCAUUAAACACUGAAACGCAAAAAUCUCCUUAAAUUGUACUGUGCAUCCAAAAUUACAAAGCGCAAGGUACUGAAGGCUAAUUCACACUGCAAAAACUGUAUUCUGUACACCGAUCAACAAGCGCGGUGGUAAGUACAAUUUUUAAUGUAUGCUCACUGAAUAGAACGUCAAUAUGAGUGUUUACAUUCACUUCUAAAGGAAAAUGAUACUGAAAGGACUGCUUCUAAUGUUGGGUUGUUGAGAAGGUUAUUUGACCAUGUCUUUAGGUGAGUAAGGAUUCGCUUUCACUAAAACGCAGAUCAUGUAGACUACUUUUUAAUAGUAUGUAGUCUCUCUCGAAAUAUUCCCUUAUGGCUCAAGAAGCUCAGAGGACAAAAACAGGGAGGAGAAGGAUUUAGUGUCGCAGGGAUCGACGAGUUGACGGACAUAACGAGAAUAGACAGACUGUAACGAAGGAGUCUAUCAAACAUAUCACACCAUUCCUUGUUAUACAAUAAACUUUUGUCAGUUCACUUCUGGAAAAUCCAACGCACACAGUAUUUGCAAUGAGAAGCAUUCCAAAGAAUGCAAUGGUGUUCAAAGCAAAACUUGUCGUUCAGAGUUAUUACUAAUCAUUUUUUGCUUAUGUAGUUGAAAACAACAAUCUCACGAUCAUCAUCAUUUUCAUUUUAAAGGGUCGGAAGUUCCUUUGAAAUUGUUCAUUUAAAUUCAACUGUGGAACUUCUCACGCAAAAUUUGCAUUCCUUUAUCCACCGUUUUGCUUGGUUGAUUGUAUUCACACCGAGUUCUGCCCAGCCGUUCACGGAAAACAAAGUUGAUCCACAAGGAAACGUAAUUUGGACUUACGCGGUUAGUAGUUUAUUACGUAUCCUAGGUUCCUAGGAUAUCGUUUCUGGGAAUGAAGUGCUUUCCAGAUGAUUCUUCACAUAACGCGAGGAUCCAUUUUUCUGUUUAUUUGUAUAACCCGAAGAUACGCAAACGAAUUCGUUCUUGUCGAAAAUCCAACAGUGAAUGUUAAGAACAUAUGAAAAUUUGUAAAGCGUGAAAAGAUCAUUCAGAGUUUAACGAAAAAAAAGCAGAGAGGUUACGGAUGGAUAUCCAUCUAAGUUGGUUUGGACAUGGUAUAUAUUUGAUUUUAACAAUCAGAUAUUAGUUUAAUUUCACUUAAUUACGUCACGGUUUCGUCAAGGUAUGCCGUAGGACUUUUGCCAGAUGUAAAACUUUCUUAUUGCCUUCUUGUUGUUCGGAAUUUAUUCGAUUGGGCCAAUACACGCCUCAAGUAGAUUCUGUCGCGUUGUUUCAUCAAAUGGUACAUGAUUUUUGUUCAAAUUAUAAUUGGAGAGCUUAUACUUGAAACUCACUUGUAUAAUAUAUUCACAGCUUUCACUGCUAUUCCAUGAUUUUUUUCGUUUCGGUCUAUGAGAUAUAAUGAAACUUCUGCUGAAACAUCAUUUCUAGAGCUUAAUGUAUUUAAAUUAAAUUAAACAAACAUCUGAACAGGUUUCAAGUUCAGAUGGUUUGAUUUUUAAUUUCAGAUGAGUGAUGCUGGUGCUUCAAGAAUGAAAAGUACAGCCGAGCGAUCACAAACUACUCAAGAGAGACCUAAAUUUAGACAUCGCGCGCCAAAAUCUGCCCUUUUCACGCAAAAUGAUCUUCAUCGAUGUUUGUACGGGCGAAAUCAAGUCAUGCUUGUGAACAAAGACGAAUUAAUAUAUUCUCUUCUACAUGAAGAAGAAGUCAAAAGUUAUUGUAAGUUCUUGGUUUAAAGUUUAUUAAGUAGAUUUUUUUAGGAGAGACAAUCUCCUCAAUUUUGCAAACUUCUUGUUCAGAAUUUCUCAAAAAAUCAUAGCUUGCCAAAUGUAGUAAUAUAGGCUUCUCGUUAUGCAAGCCAUUGCAUAACUAUUUCCUUAUCAGUGGUUCGCUUCGCACAAUCUGUUAUCAGAAAUGAUACAUUUCGAUACGGUCAAACUAGGUAGUGACAAAGUUCAAUGCGUUGAACAACGUUUGGUGUAAAUAGGAAAAUGCCGACUUAUAGGCUUUUUCGUCUUCUAUUUCCAAAUUUCUCUAUUCUUAGGUCCUUGCUUAACCACCUCCAGAACUUAUUUAAGCGGCCGAAAGGUACUCUCUUGACGAUAUGAGGAGCACUUAAACUAAGUCAAAAACCUUCCAUUUAAUGUAGAAGCGAACUACAUGACUUAAUUAAAGCUAUAAACAAGUAAGCUAGAAACAAAACCUGCAAGUCUAAGCCCGCAUUAAUUUUGAAUAUAAUUCAUUUGGACAUUCUUUGCAAAAAUCCCCUGCCAGCACGUGAAGGCAAACCUCCUGUGGGUGGACUAAAACAGUGGAAAGAGAAGUAGACUAACUCAAAAGAGCGGAAUUUUGCGACAGUUCGUAUGUGAUCAAGUUGAAAUGAUUCCACAGGAAGGGUAAAAACAACUCCUCCUCCUGACUGGCAGUAACAGUUAUUUUAACGUCAGAUUUGGAGGAGCGAAUAUGGAGUAUUCAUAUGGAGGAAACAACUCCCCUACAACGGAUUAUUCUGAGGCUUAAUUUUGGAGUUAAAACAACUCCCUAUCAUUAUGCAGUACGAGGUGGUCUCAACUUAUGAGUUUGUGGGAAAAAUUCUAUCGAAAGCUACAAGGUCGUACCUUUAAUCUAAAACGUUUUUUAUGGCGGGAAGUUGUAACGUUUGAGUCUGAACAUGCUUCAUUAAUAUCCUUGAAAGAGGUUAAGUAGGAUUUUUCCCUUGGUAAAACUUUAAAUUGAAAACAUGAGAAGCACAUCUAGUGAAAUAUCAGGUUAGUUUACCUGGCCCCAUUGUCUUGUUCAAAAGGUUGAUAACGAAAACUCCACCCCGCGAUUUAUUACUAUCGACUGAAUAUUACAGUUAUUGUUUUCUGUAACACCUGUCCACUGGAUAGUGAUUAAUCCGGUGGAUAGCGUUAUCAACUUCUGAACAACUAGGGCCUGGUACUCCAAUGAACUUUUGUUUCUGAAGGCGAGGUUUUUUAUAUUCGCGUCGCGAAGAGAUUUUUUAAUCGGCCGAAAUUGCUUAGUCAAGGGAAGAAAAAUAACGUGUUUCUUGCUUUUAAAAUUUUGUGUUAAUUGACAACUGAAGUACUACAGUAAAAUAUUUCGAAGGAUCGGAGAUGGAAAUUAUUUCCUUCUCAUGGUUAGGGGCGCGUUAGCUCUGGCACAGGCUAGGUCUACCUUUUUUAGACACCCAAUUUUUGACACCCAAAGCUGUUUUGGCUAAAUGAUAAACAAACCUUUUGUCUUGUUUUAGGGUGUAAAGCUUGUAAACAAGAACGAUUAGAGCAGUGUAAAAUCCACGGACCCCACCAAACCCUCAGGAUGACAACAAAAGUAAACAACAACAACAAUAAUGUAAAUAGCAACAACUUACAGUGGACAAAUGCUGUGCAGUCGUUUCCAAACGAGGUUGGCCUGUGCAGGUCUGGUAUCCCAGGGGCCGGUUAUGGAGUAUGCGCCAGACAGCUAAUUCCUCUGGGGACCUGGAUUGGACCUUAUGAAGGAGAAGUCCUAAGACCAGAACAGGUGCUUCUUGGAACAGAUGCGUCGUACAUGUGGGAGGUAUUUUCGUCUCUACUUUGACUUCUUUGUUAGUUGGUCAGUCAUGAAUUUAUUGCUUUCUACAGCUAAAGGGAAGGUUGCAGAAGACAGUUUAAAUUAAAGACGCACCUAAGUCUUAGUGAUAAUUAAAUGCCGCUACUAAUUUUACAAUCAAAGCCGUUACAACAUUGUAACAUUAAGAUGGUAGGAAAAAGCAACCAGGCUCUGAUUCCGCAAGAUCCUUUUGCCAACAGACUCUUGAAAAGGCUUUCAGUUCAGGGACCCACCCUGUUCCAGACUUUAAAUAGUGAAAUUGUACUAUACCCUGUUUAAGAUUCAAAACCCGAAAACAAUACUCUGUUCAGCAACAAUAUUUUGGUCAACACCCACUCUCAUCAUUGCUUUGAGAUGGCGAGGUCUUAAGAAACCUUUAACCUUGAAGAAUUGAAACUUUGUCACAAAAUCGACACAACACUUCUUUUGUUCUCGAAAUGAAGGCAACGUUGAAACCGAUUGACGCGUCAUUUCAACUGUCAGCUUUUUUGUCGUAUUGCUAGCUGAUGAUGAACUUGAUAUUUAUUCUUGAGGAAAUGUUGCAAAGUUGAACCCGGCAUCGUCAUAAUCCCUCGCAAAAUAUAAUUAUUUCAACAAACGUUGUAGGAAUGUGAAGACAAUAAGCAAACCGAACAUUAUGAUAUGUUUGCCUGAACAUUGUUGUCAUUACGGUCUGUCAGAUAUGACCAUUGUAAAAUAUGCCUGUGGACACUUACUGAAACCUGGCCCCAGUUGUUCAAAAGGUGGAUGGCACUAUCAGAUGGAUAAAUCUCCAUCCAGUGGACAACGCAAUCGGUUCCCAAAUACUUAUCCACUGGAUAGUGAUUUAUCCAGUGGAUAGCGCUAUCCAGCUUUUGAACAACUGGGGCCUGGUCAAUAAUUUUCGCGGAGUUUUUGUUUGAAACAAUCCUUCUGCCAAGUAAAGAAAUUUUCUCGGAAAAGUGUCUCCUACAUUUUCGCAAAAUUAAGUGCCUACAUAAAGAUGACAAGGUAAGGUUAAAAGUCUUAAACUAAUGUCGUUUUUGUUCAGAUAUAUCACGAAGGAAAGUUGCUUUACUACAUUGAUGGACAAGAUGAGAACAAAUCAAGUUGGAUGAGAUUUAUCCGCUGCGCACGUUAUGGUAGCGAGCAGAACAUGUUUGCUUUUCAGUACAGCGGAAAUAUUUACUACCGAGCGUUCAAAGACAUCCCUGCCGGGACAGAGCUCUUGGUAUGGUAUGACGACAACUAUCCACAGUAUAUGGGAAUCCCCCUAGAAAUACGCGAAACCUGUAAAGGGGCUACUUCUGGUGAGUAAGAUAUCUAGUGAGAAAUAUCUUGAAGCCUUUGAGCACCUUCAAAAUUGAAGCUUUAUUAAAACAUUCUAUCUUGGAGCAUACCGUGGACAGAUACCAGGUGGUGAUAGCGUUUGAAUCUACAAACCAGGACCCUCCUAGGACUCCUACGGACUCACCUUAGGUGGGGUCUUGUACGGAGCUUCCCCCCAAGGGGUGAGAGGUUAUACAAGAUCCUAGCCAUCUUCUGAUCUUGAUGGAUAUAUAUUUUUGACCUGAAAAUUUGACAGGAGACUUAAAACCCUUUCAUUUUAGGGCAAACUGGACAGACACUAUUUAAUCUUACUCUUGUCUACCAUUGUUGUCUAGUGAUAGACAGGGGGCCAUUUAAACAAGGGACCUUGGGGGAGUAGAGAAACACACCAUCAUUCUCUUCGGGGAGCUCUGAGUUCUAUCUUUGUACAAUGGUUUUGAACACUUUUCUUAUAAAGACACCUCUCUAUAAAAAGGAGACCCGCUACAAUGAACAGUAAAACUGGUCCCUACCUCUCAAUUUUCGUGAGAUGUCUCAUGGCCCUCUGUAAAGAGGACCCCUCUCUUUGUACUCUACACGCGAUUGUGUCCCAUUUACUCCGUUUCGUCCUGUCAGGUGCCACUUUGAAGCGUAAUCGUAGCAGGGAUCUAUGGGUACGAAAGAAGCUGACAGUGGUCACAGUGUCUUGAAACUAACAAUAACGGAAAACGUGUUCACACGGGCACCCACUGCCACUUUGGCGCUCGAGUACAACGUCUCCACUUUGUACUGGGGCACCAGCACCUUUCCCGAAUUCUCUGGUGGGUACUUUUAAAGAGUUUGUUCACACCAGUCCCUAGCAAAAAUCGUACUGAGGCGCCGUGUUUGGGAACCAAGCGUGAACAUUACCUUGGAGAGAAAUGACUGGUGCAACUAACCCUUCAUAUCAAACCUCUUUAAGAGUAAUUUCAAGCAAUACUAUUUCAUUUUGAAGUAUUUCACAACAAGAAAGUUCCUAUAUUUUUUAACUUGGAUUUUCGCGUUAAUGUUCAAUUUCCAAGGUAAAAGCACGUAACUUCGGAUAAUCGUCGUGUAACGUGUCUUAUUAUACGGCUAUCAAAUGGCUAGUUCCGCUAGCCAGUAAUUUUGGGCAUUGAGUUUAUCCUCUGAUUAAUCCAGUAUAAAAUACUGACUUCAGUUACGUAAUAUUUCUUUCAGGAUUAAAACAACAUUCUGAGAUGGUCGUUGCAGUUCCACGAGAAAAUUAUCAGCCAGGGUCACCAUACGGCUAUUCAACUUCCCCAAGACUCGUGACCGACAAUUCCCAGCAAGUCUUCCACUCAUCACAUGUACGGUCAGCGGCAUCUACUAGCAGAGCAAGUACCCUAUCACGUGUCAGGCGCCGCUCUAAUCGGAGAGAUAGGUCAGGAAGCGAGAAUUUACCUACAGCAGAUGGCUAUAGUCAAGCACAUCAAGGAUCAAGAACAUACGAAGACUCAGGCGCGUCCUCAAGGCUAAAUGCUCAAAAAAGGGUAGAAUAUGCUUUAGAAGAGACCAACCUCUUACCCGAAAACCCAGUUGUUUCUGUAGGAACUACGAGUGGCGUUGCGCAACACAUGAAAACCAAUGGUCAUCGUGACGUCAGAGGUAAUCGUGGUAGCGUUGCUGAUGAUUCCAACGCGGCUAAUCCAGCAGCGAAGGAAGGCCAGGUCAGGUCAGCGGAUGAAGAUGAAAACAGCUCAGAUGGUUCAGAUGCCAGUCUUUUUAACUGUGGACAGUGCGGAAAAACAUUUGCCCAGCGGUCAGUACUGCAGAUCCAUGUCUGUCCCAACAUGCCUCACAAGCCCUAUCAUUGUGGUCAUUGUUCCCAGUCCUUUGAUCAACCAAAUGAUCUGCGCAUGCACGCUGUCAUUCAUGCCGGCGAGAAGCCAUUUAAGUGCGGCUACUGUUCUCGAUCUUUCGCUGGAGCAACAACGCUGCACAACCACGUGCGCACGCACACUGGUGAAAAACCGUUUAUAUGCGAAAGAUGCGGAAAGACUUUUACCCAGGCCUCGCAGCUACACAGGCAC